AUGCUGCUUCGAAAAAGUGCCUCCAGUUCUCUGCGCACCCGCGGCGCCAGCUGCCGUAGUGGUGCCCGCACCGGCCUGUACAACCUCGGCUGCCUGACGGUGCAGCAGCGCUUCGUCGAGUACUGGGGCUCGGGCGUGACAGGUCGUACGCAGCCGUAUGCACAGGGUGACAUGCUCCCGCGUAUCGACAACACGCGCUACCCGGUCAACAAGGCCACCAGUGCAGCAGCGAGUCUUACCGGUAACCCGUCCGGCAUCGCCUACGACGCCUCCAACAUCUUCCAUGUGGAGGGCUUCAGUCCACUAGAGAAGGAGCACUAUCAGUCAUUGCGCGGCUCUACGACGCACAAGGUGGAGCCGCUGUCGCCUCAUGUCGUCAAGGAUGUGAUGGCGUUGCUGAAGGACAUGUCUGAGGAUGGUGUGCUAGAGGAGCACUGGUGGGGUCGCGUGUUGAAGGACUUUCCGUCGAUGAAGACGCCGUGCACGGUCGAGUUCAAGAAAGCGUGGGAGGCGUUCUACACAGAGGUGAGCGGCGUGGCACAUGACAACGAGGCUGUGAAAGCGAUUAGCAAGCCCUUCCUGCAGACCCAGAUGCAGAAGAACUACAUCUCAUAUGCGAUGGUGUGGCGUCUGGCUGAGCGACUCUGUGAUGCCUUUGCCGUGGCAUCGGAUUUGACGAUGUACGAGCGACAUUGGGGCCGCCUGGUGGUGGAGCGGGUGACGAAGCUGAUGCUCGACACCAUGGCUGACGAGCCGUGGGCACAUCAGGAGGCCACGAGUCCACUCCACGUCGAUAUAUCCAACUUCCGUGCCUGGCAUGAGGCCGGCUACUGGUAG